CACUGAGGGUCAGGGGUCUACCUGCUACUGACGGUGUCUUGGGGCCACUACAGGAAGGUCACACCUGGAUAUUACCUGUAGUGUGGCUGGGGGUGUGCCUCCUCCUGAUCUACUGUGGCAGAGAGGUCAUCAGAUCCUCGACUCAACGAUAGAAUCCCGAACGAGCUCGCUAACGACCAACCAACUACGGAUACUCAAACUAGACAGGUCUUACCAUAACAGCCAAUUGGUUUGUUUAGCUUCCAAUAACAACGUAACGGAACCACUUCAAGCUACCAUUACUGUUACCUUGAACUUACGGCCCUUAGUGACGAAGCUAGACGCCCCCCCUAAGGGCUUAAGGGUCGGUAAGGAAUAUGAAAUCAGAUGCGCUACUGCCGGUUCUCGCCCUCACCCUAACAUCACCUGGACACUUGGCAGCGUCGCAUCCCUCAUUCCACUGGUGCCACAUACAGAGCACGGGGUCAACAUGAGUACCUCUCAGGUUAAACUGAUAGCAUCAAGGGGUCACCAUGGUCAGCGAAUCACCUGUACUGCCCAUAAUCCGUUGUUUCCUGCCUACACACUGAGCGAUUCUGCCUUGCUUAACGUAACAUAUCCGCCAAUCGCCACCAUGGAACUAGGAAGGGGCGUGACGUCGACAGUUAAGGAAGGCGAGGAUGUGUAUUUUAAUUGCAAUGUCGACGCUAAUCCUUCCACGUACAAGAUCUCCUGGUCAAAAGAGGAGAACCCCAUCCUCCACUCGCCUGACGAUGGCAUCCUCCUGAGUGGGAACAGCCUGGCAUUAAGAGGCGUCACAAGGCAUCAAGCAGGGCCAUACGUGUGUUCCGCUUCUAAUGUGGAAGGUGACGCCCACAGCCCUCCUCUCAACCUCUCUGUCAACUACUCUCCCGUAUGCUAUGAGUCUCCAGCAGCCAGCAGGGUCUACGCCACUGGGUUAGGUCAGGUCAUCAACGUCUCGUGUGAGGUCAUGUCAGCGCCUCGGACUGUCAGAUAUUCUUGGGUCUUCAAUAAUUCCAUCACUUCACAUAGACUUCCGGGUGACCAGGUCUUCGAAACGCCAGAUGGCGGUAGUGUGGUACAAUUCGUGGCGAGAACACAUCAGGAUUACGGUACGCUACAGUGUUGGGCCCAGAAUACUGUAGGAAGAAUGACUCAGCCUUGUCUGUUUCAUGUGGUACCCGCAGGGCGGCCGGAACACCCUGUCAGCUGCUCAGUUGUCAACAAGACAUAUGACUCCCUGGCUGUCAGCUGUCAGCCUGGAUUUGACGGGGGGCUUAGUCAGCUGUUUGUGGCUAAGGUCUUCGAGGCAGUUAGUGGCAAGGGCGAGGUAUCAGUGACGUCACAACACCCCAGGUUCACUUUAGAGGGGUUAACGCCUGGUCUUGAUUACGUCAUCAAGGUUAUGGCUACCAAUGCUCUCGGCACCUCUGACCCCGUUAAGCUAGACGCCUUUACUUACAAGAUGGCAGAAAAUAGAAUGCAUGAUGACGAAAUUCACUUUGAGGUCAGAACUAUAAAUCUUGAUUCACACAGAGAGGAAAUUACGCGAAUAGCAGACGAGGCCAUGUGAAGUGUUUCUGUACAUACAUACAUACAUACACACAUACAUACAUACAUACAUACAUACAUACACAUCUAUAGUACAGACAGCAUUACACACACACACACACACACACACACACACACACACACACAAGAAUCUCAUUGGCUGUUUGUGGAGAAAAAAAAACUCAAGCCAGCCAAUCACAAGACCGUAUUCGAUCUCCAGGUGUGACGUAAGCAAACCCCGGCCUUGGAACCAAUCAGCUCACCCUAACCAAAGACUAACCAAAUCCUAACCAAAUCCUAACCAAAUCCUAACGUAAUUAAUAGGCAGAAAAUGACAUAAAGACAAUUAAUUUCUACUUAUUUGUAAAUAGAACGGAUAGCAACUACGAGCCUAAUGAAUUGUAAAUAAUAACAAUGAGUGUUUGUUUGUCUGUUUACAUGUAGGUAAUAUAGUUUUGUAUUGUGUAAAUGAUAUGGUGUGUAAAUGAUGUAUUUUUUUACUAUACGGUUUUUGUAAAUAUGAUGCCUUUGUGUGUGU